AUGCUAACGCUCUUGGCAAUCCUAUGCACCAUCUAUCUCUACUUCGCGAUCACUUUUGGCGUGGCCAUAGAUUCAUGUACAGGCUUGUCAGGGGCUAAGAAGGCAGUGUGCCAAGACAAAGCUUUGGAAGUCAAGAAGUUUAAGCCAGAUCAGGAUAUUUCUCUAAAUUAUCAUACAUUUUCAUAUGCAAUUGCUGCACAUGGUCAAACUCAUUUUGAAGAUAACAAGAAUUAUCCAGAUUCUGCGGAGUUUAUAUCUGUAGUGCAGGCCCUUAAAGGUGGUCUUCAUCCUCAGAGGGAAGUUGAAGCUUUGCUGUGGAAAUUUCUUUUCAUCAUUGUAAUGUUUGUAUAUAAAGAAAUGGUAAAAUCGGGGAUUCUUCCAGAUGUUGUCACAUUAAAUUACCUUAUAAAGGGCCCAAUUUCACAUAAUGUAUUUCAGCAGAUGCUCGAGUUUGGUUGCACUCAUCUUCCGGACUUUUAUUAUAAUGUUAUGCCUCUUCUUUGCAACAUCAACAUAUUUGAGGAAGGCAUUAAAUUGUUAAGGAUGAAGGGAAAUAUAAAGGGUGAUCAAGAUUUAUAUUUGUAUAAACAUUUAAUCCAAUGCUUAUGUAACAACCGACAACUUGAGAUUGCAAUAGAAUUUCUUCAAGAAAUAAAAAACUGGGGAUUUACUCCUCUAACUGUUACAUACACAGAUGUUGUCAAUGGGUUUUGCAAAUUUGGGAAGUUGAAUGAGGCUAUGACCUUCUUAGAUAGGGAGGACGUUGUGCAAGUUGAACCUUACAAUGCCUUGCUCAAGGGUCUCUGCAAUGCUGGUAGAUAUCAAGAGGCAGCUAUAUAUCAUUACAAAAUGAUCAAACCAUUACAAAAUGGGUACUAG